AUGGAUGAACAACAACUCCAACAUGCAAGGCAUUUUUCUCCACCAUUGGUGGAAGGUACCAAACGGUGCAAUAAACUGUUGUCGUACCAGGAGGUUUGCAAAAUGACGGCUUUGACUGUUAAGGAAAUGGAGUACUUUGAAGAGACUAUUGCCCGUCUGGCUGCUGCAGAAUUCUUUGAAAUUAAGCCAUGCCCAAAGUGCAGAACACAUGUGGAGAGGACAGAUCUCUCCAACCUGUGUGUGCACUGCACCAUCUGUACAGCCGAUCAGAAGAAGAUAUACUAUUUCUGCUGGCAGUGUCAGAGGGAGUGGAAGGUUUCAGGCCCCAGAUCUGACCGCUGCGAAAAUGACGGCUGCAUCAACAAGGACCUUCAACUUCUGCAGACGUGUAAGACCAUCAGUCUGCCUGCUGUGGAGGGGGUCACUGAUUGCCCGUCAGUGCGAGCCUGUCCUAAAUGUGGCCUGAGUGUGGAACACAGUUCACAAUACUGCAAAAACAUCACCUGCCCUCGCUGUCACAUUGAGUUCUGUUUUGUCUGUCUGAAACUAAAGCUUGAGUGUAACAAAACAAGUUCUCCAUACAAAAUCUGUCCCAGUGGUGUGGCCCCAAGACAGACCUCCAUCCCUGUGUGGCAGAGGAAAUGAGGGGAAAAGGUCAGGA